ACGGGUGGUUCGCAAAGCAAUUGCAAGGGUCUACAUCGUCAUGCACCAGAAACAGAAGGAAAAUCUCCGGAAAGUUUUUAAGAACAAGAAGUAUAAGCCGUUGGACUUACGAAAAAAGAGAACUCGUGCCGUUCGCAAGGCCUUGACUCCCAGAGAUGCGAAUAGAAAAACUCUAAAGGAAGUUCGCAAGAGGUCCAUAUACCCAACAAGGAAGUAUGCGGUCAAGGCAUAAACACUUUAAUUGGUUAUAAUAAACAUUACAAAAUAAAAUACAAAGUAUUUUAAAUACUACUUUUAAUGCCGAA